UGUUUCUUCCCAGGCUAUCUCCCUGCACCCAGGUGAUGGAUGUGCAAUGCCCUGAGUGAAUUCAGUUGUUGUGGGGCAGCUGGAGUGACUCUCACCUGGACAGUACAAGGCUGCAGCCAUGGAGGUGCUGCCUGAGCUCUACUCCAUCUUCCAGGGAGAGGUUGCUGCAGUGACAGAAUAUGGGGCCUUCAUCAAAAUCCCAGGCUGCAGGAAGCAAGGCCUUGUCCACAGGACCCACAUGUCCUCCUGCCGUGUGGAUAAGCCAUCGGAGAUAGUAGAUGUUGGAGACAAAGUAUGGGUGAAGCUGAUUGGGAAGGAGAUGAAGGAUGACAAGCUGAAGCUUUCCCUCUCCAUGAAGGUUGUUAACCAAGGCACAGGAAAAGACCUCGAUCCAAACAAUGUUUCCCUUGAUCAGGAUGAGAGGAGAAGACGCAUGUUCAGGGACUACACGAGUCAGAAGAUCACACUGGAAGCUGUCCUGAACACCGUGUGCAAGAAGUGUGGCUGCAAAGGUCAUUUUGCCAGGGAGUGCUAUGUGCAGCCUGGAGGUACCAAAUACAGCCUCAUUCCAGAAGAGGAGGAAGAGGAGGUGGCAGCAGCAGGACAUGAAAGACAGAAAAAGACCAGCCUAGCUGAUGAGCCUUCAAAGAAAAGGAAAAAGGAGAAGAAGAGAAAGAAGCGCAAGCAUCAGCCCUCCUCCUCCUCAUCAUCAUCAUCCUCCUCCUCCUCGGCCUCAGACAGCUCAGACUCAGACAGUGAUGGGGCUCAGCCAGCCAGCAAGAGGAGAAAGCACUCGAGAAAGGGCAGCAAGGCCCAGAAGAAGAAGAAGAAGCAGAAGAAGCAUAAGAAGAAGGCCUGAGUCUGAGCAGGCUGGUGGGGUACCAGCGGUGUGAGCCCCUGAUGUGCACCACGAGGCGUGAGCAGAACUGAACAGCACAGCCACCAUUAAAUAGCCUCCAUCUGCUUUGGGAUGCUCUGCCCCAUGCCUUUCCAAUGGGAGUUGUGUACCACAGUGCUCACCUUGGAGUAAUCUCCAUACACCCCUUCCUCAGCACCAGGCCUGGCUGCAGCCUCGUGUCCCUCUGGUGCUGCCCGUUCGUUGUGAAAGGUGGAGCAGUUCAGUGUAUGUCCUGUGUCCUCCCAGUGCAGUGCCUCUUGGCUUUAGGCUUAAACCCUCCCCUGGCCUCACUCAUGUUGGCUGUGAACAUUGGGAGUGGAAAAGUAAGGAGCAAAGAGGUGAAUGGAGGUAUUUUAAGUAAACAUUAACUGUGGUGUGUUGGCACCAUGCUAAGGGAUGGAAAAUAAACCUCUCCAACCUCCAGCUGCA